CGGACACCUCUGUAUGGUGUCAUUACCCAUCAUUCCUUUCGGCCUGCCUUUUCCUCCAUCUUUCUGGACUAGGAGCAGGUGAGCUCGCCUGAAGAGGACAACGAUGCCUGGAAGACUGUGGAGCAAGGCCAUCUUCACCGGCUACAAGCGCGGUUUGAGGAACCAGCGUGAGCACACGGCGCUGCUGAAGCUAGAAGGCUGCUACAGCAAAGACGAGGUGGACUUCUACCUGGGGAAGCGCUGCGCUUACGUCUACAAGGCCAAGAAGAACACGGUGACACCCGGUGGGAAACCCAACAGGACCAGAGUGAUCUGGGGGAAGGUAACCCGGGCCCACGGCAGCAGCGGGAUGGUCCGAGCCAAGUUCAGCAGCAAUCUGCCGGCCAAAGCGAUCGGACACAGAAUCCGUGUGAUGCUGUAUCCAUCUCGGAUCUGAUGGGGUUGGAUCAUCUGGAUGUUUGUACAGAAACAAUAAACAGAUUAAAAAUCA